AUGGUUGACACGCUUUCUCCUUCAUUGCAGGACACGGGCAUCAAGGCCGCCCGUCAGCGCGGUGCUUCGCAUAUCGACUUCAAGUCGGCUACCUCGGCCGUGGCCAGCAAGGCUAUGCGCAACGAGCUUAACGAGAUGAUUGAGGGCAUCGAGGACCCUGCGGCCAAGAAGGCGUUCGAGGCCGAGAUGGCUUCGUUCUACCACCUCUUCAACCGCUUCCUUGCGGAGAAGGCCAAGGGCGAGAAGCUCGACUGGGAGAAGAUCCAGCCCCCGGCGCCCAGCCAGGUGACCCCCUACGCUUCGCUUCCUCAGGCCACCGACCCCUCUGUGCUGAGCAAGCUUGCUGUGCUCAAGCUGAACGGUGGUCUCGGCACCACGAUGGGCUGCAGCACUGGCCCCAAGAGUGUCAUUGAAGUCCGUGAGGGCAUGACCUUCCUCGACAUGUCCGUGCGUCAGAUUGAACACCUGAACGGCACCUACAACGUCAACGUGCCCUUCAUUCUGAUGAACUCGUUCAACACGGACGACGACACUGCGCGCGUGAUCCAGAAAUACGCCAACCACAACGUGGAAAUUCUGACUUUUAACCAGAGCCGCUACCCUCGCAUCAACCGCGACAGCCUUCUUCCGUGUCCCCGCAGCGCAACUUCGAACAAGAACCUGUGGUACCCCCCCGGCCACGGUGAUCUGUUCGAUGCGAUGAACAACUCGGGUCUGCUUGACCGCCUGAUUGCGCUCGGCAAGGAAUACAUCUUUGUCUCGAACGUGGACAACCUCGGUGCUGUUGUCGAUCUGAACAUUUACCAGCACAUGAUCGACACCCAGGCCGAGUUCAUCUCGGAGGUCACGGACAAGACCAAGGCCGAUGUGAAGGGUGGUACUCUGAUUGACUACGAGGGCACGAUCCGCCUCCUCGAGAUUGCGCAGGUCCCCUCGGAGCACGUGGAGGACUUCAAGUCGAUCAAGAAGUUCCAGAUCUUCAACACGAACAACCUGUGGCUGAACCUCAAGGCGAUUAAGCGUGUUCUGGAGAAUGACGAGCUUGACCUCGAGAUUAUCACCAACCACAAGUCGCUCGAGAACGGCGAGCCGGUGAUUCAGCUCGAGACGGCCGUUGGUGCUGCGAUCAAGCAUUUCCGCGGUGCUAAGGGCGUGAACGUGCCCCGCUCGCGUUUCCUGCCGGUCAAGAGCUGCUCUGACCUGCUCCUGAUUACGAGCGAUCUGUACAGGCUCGAGCACGGUCAGCUGGUCAUGAACCCCAGCCGCAUGUUUGGCCAGACGCCCGUCGUGAAGCUCGGCGACACCUUCAAGAAGGUGGCUAACUACCAGAAGCGCUUCAAGAGCAUCCCCGAGAUGAUUGAACUCGACCACCUUACGGUGCAGGGUGACGUUGUGUUCGGCCGCAACAUUGUCCUCCGUGGUACCGUGAUUAUUGUCGCGAACGAGGGCAACAAGAUCGAGCUGCCCGACGGCGCUGUGCUCGAGAACAAGCUCAUCACCGGUAACCUCGCCAUCAUCGACCACUAG